AUGGAUGAUUCCAUUCCGCCGCAAGCAGCGGCAUCAGCAGAAGAUGAAUCAUUGCAGAAGACCUGGAAUUUGCGGCCGAGAAGACCGCCGAUGAACCACAAACAAUCUACUGGAGGCCCGCCGAAGAUCGGCACAUCACGAUUACAAGAGAUUAAAACAUCUCACGAGACUAAUAUCAACAAACAUGAGAUCGAAGAGGAUGUGUUCUUGUUGACCGGAUCAAAGCCGUCUCGGAGGCCAAAGAAGAGACCAAGGGCUAUUCAGAGACAACUUGAUAAUCUUUUUCCUGGUUUGUGGCUCGACUCCAUUACUGCUGAUUCAUACAAAGUAUCUGAAGCUCCUACAAAGGGAUAGAUAUAGGUUAUAACAGUUUGAGGGUUAUCAAUCUUUCUUUCUUUUUGGUGGAAGUUGGAAGGCUCGGAUUCUUUGGAUGUUGUUUGAAGGUGCAAUAAAACCAAAAUUGGACUAGAUUAACGGGUCGGGCGGGUGUAUAUAAUCGGAUCUUUGUGUUAUGGUUUCUUUAUCUUUUUAUAAGCUUAAUAAAAGGCCGAAGACUUUCCUACAAUGAUACAUGUUACAUUCUUAUAUCAUAUUAAAAAUUGGGAUAAAUACAAAAAAUAGGAAUGUACCGUGUAAUGUUUCCUUAUUAUGGCAGUGUACUUUCAUAUUAUAUCUUAUUAAGGCAUUUUGUGUUGAUGUCCUCAUUUUUCAAUUUUAAUUCGGA